AUGAAGAAUAGCACUGGUAUCGACUCCAUGCUCAACAAAAAGAGGAAGAGAAAAGACUCCUCAGUCAAACUCGUCCCUGAGAAUGAUCGAAUCCUGGCUGGCAAGACGUUCUUCUACAUUCCUCCUGAUGACAUAGCUCCUUUACGACGUGCUCGUAUUACUAAGGCCAAAAAUUUUGGCGCAAUAUGGACGAAAGAGUGGAUUCCAAGUAUUACGCACGUUGUUGUUGACAAAGCACUCACCUACUCAGACGUCAUGAAGUUUUUGAAACCCAUGAUUAACGCCGAUACCCUACCACCAAACGUUAUCCUUGUCAACGAAGACUACCCAAUCGAGUGCACUCAAUACAUCGCAAUUCUGGAUGCGACCCAGAGACAAUAUAUUGUGAGCGGGUGCGGUGCUGCCGCCGAAAAGUCUGCCGUUGUAGGAGAAAACUCACAGAAGUCUGAUACGUCUCUCCAAGUCAAGCCAAGCAAAUCCAGAAAAUGGGAUGAACCCCCGGAGAAGCAGACUCCGCCUCGAAGUCAAUCUCAAUCGCAACGGAUUCCGCCCAACGAAGACACGCUUUCUCCAGGAGUGUGGCUUGUGCCAAAGGGAUCUGAAUUUGUGCAAAGUCCCAAACAGACCCCAACCCUGGUCAGUGACUCUUCCAGGGGCUCAAUGGAAUCUGCAGACCUCCAUCCACUUGGCUCGCUUUCUGGCCUUUGUGGCGCUCUAGAGCAAGCCAUUGAAGAGGCAAAGAAAUAUCAGCAUCUCCCGUUAGACGAUGAUGAGGAUGAAAAUCUCGAUAGGCCUUCGUCAAGUGAAGGUGACACCCCCGAAGAUUCGGAUGACUCCGAAAGAGAUAGAUCUCCAAUCCGAAAACCGAAACGCAAAUACAAAAAGAAGGAGGUGGCAAACCAGGAGAACUUUUCUUGUAUGCAAGGUGGCACAGGAUUUGCUGUGGAGGACAAUCCCAAUGGCGUUACGAUCUCGAUCUUGCAAGAAAUGGCCGAUUAUUACGAACGCGUCAGAGACAAAUGGCGAUCAGUGUCUUAUAGAAAGGCAAUUGGCACACUGAAGAAGCAGACUCGAAAAAUCACCUCUUACGACGAGGCAAUCGAGCUACAGUGGAUUGGCCAUAGGAUUGCAAAGAAAGUCGAGGAGAUUGCAGCUACGAACCGACUCCGCAGACUUGACAACAUCAAACUGGAACCUAACGAUCUCAUUCUGCAGACUUUUAUGAAAGUUUAUGGGGCUGCUGUUAGUCAAGCAUCUAAAUGGAUACAGGCUGGCUACAAGACUCUCGAUGAUCUCCGAGCUCAUGCUAAAUUGACCGAAAAACAGCAGAUCGGUCUGGAUCAUUAUGACGACUUCGAAACACUGAUCCCGCGAGAGGAAGUGACCGCACUCGGUGAAAUUGUCAAGAAGGCAGUAGCUGCAAUCGAUCCGGAGGUACAAGCAAUUAUUGGGGGCAGCUAUCGCCGAGGAGCAGCAACCUCAGGAGACAUCGAUUUCAUUUUGACCAAGCCUGGAACAACAUCCAGUCAUCAACUGCUACCAUUCUUGAGUGAACUUGUCCAUCGGCUCACCCAAGAAGGAUUCCUCGUUGCCGCCCUCGCUGAGCCUCGUACUGGGGAGGGAUCAAAGUGGCAUGGAGCUUGUGUCUUGCCCGGAAACCCCGUCUGGAGAAGAAUUGAUUUCCUUGUUGUGGCAGAAGUCGAAUACGGGGCAGCUCUGAUAUACUUCACUGGCGAUGAUAUCUUCAACCGAAGCAUGAGACUGCUCGCCGGCACAAAAGGCAUGAGGUUGAAUCAGAGAGGUCUGUACAAGGACGUUGUGAGAGGCCCAGGUCGGGUCAAACUUACUGCCGGAGCUCUGGUUGAGGGUGCCGAUGAGAGGAAGAUCUUUGAGAUUCUGAAAGUUCCAUGGCGACCGCCUGAGCAAAGAAUCUGUCACUGA